CGCGUCCGCGCUAGGGAAUCGAGCGCGCCGCCAUAUUGCCUCCCGCUCCGCCGCCGCUGCUGCGACCAGGAGGAGGAGGAGGGAGACGGAGGCGCCACCCGCCGGGAGCGAGGAGCUGCGUCCCCCUCUCGCGUCCGUCUCCUCCUCGGCCUCGUGUCUCUGCCCGCCUCCCGCUUCUCGGUCUCCCCGAGAGAUCCGCGGCGGGAAUCCGCGAGCCCGCGGCGCGCCUCCGCCGCGCGGGUGAUGCCCGUGCGGGGAGCGGCGGGGGCGAUGAUGGCGUGCUGCCUGAGCGAGGAGCAGAAGGAGGCCAAGCGAAUCAACGCCGAGAUCGAGCGGCAGCUGCGGCGGGACAAGAGGGAUGCGCGCCGCGAGCUCAAGCUGCUGUUGCUCGGCACCGGCGAGAGUGGCAAGAGCACCUUCAUCAAGCAGAUGCGCAUCAUCCACGGCUCGGGCUACACGGAGGAAGACCGGCGCGGCUUCAUCAAGCUCGUCUACCAAAACAUCUUCAUCGCCAUGCAGGCCAUGUGCCGCGCCAUGGAGACCCUCAAGAUCCCCUACACCUACGAGUACAACAAGGAACAUGCACAGCUGGUGAGGGAGGUGGACAUUGAGAAGGUGUGCUCCUUCGAUAAGCCGUACGUGGAGGCCGUGCGCUGCCUCUGGGACGACCCCGGCAUCGAGGAGUGCUACGACCGCCGGCGCGAGUACCAGCUCUCCGACUCGACCAAAUAUUACCUAAGCGCGAUUGACCGCAUCUCGGGGCCCAACUACUUGCCGACCCAGCAAGACGUAUUGCGUGUGCGCGUCCCCACCACCGGCAUCAUCGAGUAUCCCUUCGACCUGGAGAAUAUAAUCUUCAGGAUGGUGGAUGUGGGGGGCCAGCGGUCGGAGCGCAGGAAGUGGAUCCACUGCUUUGAGAACGUGACGUCCAUCAUGUUCCUGGUGGCGCUGAGCGAGUACGACCAGGUGCUCGCCGAGUCUGACAAUGAGAACCGCAUGGAGGAGAGCAAGGCACUCUUCCGGACGAUCAUCACCUACCCGUGGUUUCACAGCUCCUCUGUUAUCCUCUUCCUCAACAAGAAGGAUCUGCUGGAGGAGAAGAUCAUGUAUUCUCACCUCGUGGACUAUUUCCCAGAGUUUGAAGGCCCACAGAGGGACGCGCAGGCUGCCCGCGAAUUCAUCCUUAAGAUGUUCGUCGACCUGAACCCCGACAGUGACAAGAUCAUCUACUCGCACUUCACCUGCGCCACCGAUACGGAGAACAUCCGCUUCGUCUUUGCCGCAGUCAAGGACACCAUCCUGCAGCUCAACCUCAAGGAGUACAACCUGGUGUGAGGAGGGCCCACCAGGGGAUCGGCCGGGGGAGCAGUCGGGGUGGCCGCUGUGGGCAUAGCGGCAGUCGUGGGUGGGUGGGUGGGAGGGUGGACGGGGCGCCGGUUCUGGUGGAGAUGUACCGGUCGAGCGAAUGUCUGCAUACGGCCAUGCGUCUGCGUGGUUGAUUAGUUCGAUUUAAAAUUUCGCGUUUCGCCUCCCCCCACCCGCCCAUCCUCUCUGCCCCCCCCACCCCCCUUGCAUGCGUGCGUGCUCGCUGCCCACCUGCCCCCCUCUAGUGGCUGCACUCACUAGGGACCGAACCCGUCCCCCCACAGGAAGGCCGACCUGUGGAACGUACGGAGCCCUCCCCUUGUUGCUAGGGAGCCCCUGUGCACAGAUAGAACCCCCCAACACCAAGGCCCCCCUAGUGCUGGGGCCCCGGGAGGGACCCGGCGUGCCCCACCUUCUCAACGCGGCCCCGCGCGCGUGUGUCUCUGUGUGCGCGCGUGUGUGCUCGUUGUGUACGUGACAUUGGGAGCAUUUACACUGCUUAUGGGAGGGGGGGGAGGGUUGUGGGGGUUGUUGGGGUAUCAAUCAUAUACAUUUGUUACAAUUCUAUUAAAACCGUGGCGCGCUACGUUAUAUUAUACCGUGGUGACGUACAGUAUUAACGAUUUUUAGUGGGUAAUUUCUACGGUGUAUGUGGGUAUGCACGUGUGUGCGCGCACACGUGGCUCGGCGUGAGUGCGUGCACCCGCGUCUGCGUCUGUUUUUCCGUGCUUGCGUAAGUACCUCUGUCGGGGUGUGCGUGUGUCAACGUGAGCGUGUGUGUGCGUGGCUGCUCAAGUGCGGCUGUUGGAGUUGGUGAAUGUGGCUAACGUGCGGCUGUGAGAAUGUGUGCACCGGUGCAAGUUCCCGUUACGGUUUGGAUAAUUUGUUCUGGUGAAUGUGUGCGUGUGCAUUGCGUGCGUGUACUUGUUGGGAGGCGUGUGCACUUGGCUUAGGGCGUGUAUGCAUCGCUGUGUUCAUUUUUGUGCAUACAUUGAGGCGCGCACCUGCUGUGGUGCGUGCACGAUUGUGUAUGUGCGCGCAUGUGCCGAAAUGUAAGCUUCAUGCGUACAUUCGCUGGUACAUAGACCAUUGUGUGUGUGUGCGUGCACACGUGAUGACAUGUGUCCCAGUGCGGGUGCACACGUGUCGGAGCGUACGUACGCACCGACACGCAUGCACCCACGUUGGGCAGAUGCUGCUGCCGCCCCCAGUGUCACCUUGUCUCCAUCUUGUACCCUCAUUGACAACAUCGUUAUUCUUUGUUGUUGAUGAUGAAGAGUCAUCGUCUUCUCUUUUUUAAAGUCAUACAUUUUUCGGUGUUUAGAAAGUUAUCCAAACACACAGAAAAAGAGAAUGAAAAGAAAUGUAAAGAAACUCAUCGAUGUAUCCAAGCCAUGCUGUUUCCAUUAAUUUCAGUUAUUGUUUUGGCAAGUGACGUGUACUGUUGUGAAUAGCCAUGCCUGGUGCGAAUACGGUUUUUAAGUUAUUUGAUUGUAUUCCUCUUGACGAUGAGUGGUACGAGCGGGUGAGGAGUUCUCCCUCAAGGGCUAGCUGUUUGUCAAGUGGGCGCUGGGGUGGGACGCGCGCCGCUCUACCUGCGAGGCGGUGCGGUUCAGGCCGCCGGGUGGCGAGGGGCAGCUGCGAUGGCGCAGGGUGGGGUCGCGACCCGGUGUGGCGAGGGCAGCUGUGCUGCGCGGUGCUGGUGGACGCAAGCGUAGAAACUGAAGCCUCCACUGCCCCGCAUGCACGACCGCGCACAGCUUCACUCGAGGAAAACUAGAGUCCGAUCCUUUCCAUUUCUUAUUUAAUUGAGGUCUAUUUGGGGCUCAGGAUUGACGAGGAUUUCAUUCCCAUUUUAGACAUGUUUUAAACUUUGUAGCUGAGGAAUAUCGACCUUCCUGACACCUAUAAGAUGUUGAGUAUUUUAGAACGCCCUGCGGCGGUGUCUACGACUAACGGUUGCCACUUGUUUUUUGCGCUGAGCGGAGCGCCCCCCCCUCCCCGUGCACCCCCCCCUUGUCCCCCUCCCCACCGCCACACGACUCGGUCCCUCUUACCCACUCCGUCUUAAUCUGAGGCAUCCAUAGAAAACAAUGUUAUUGGUGAAUAGUAUCGUUUUAUUGUCAAAUUGGAUGGUGCGAGCUGCCGGCUCCACUGGGCGUGCGCGGAGCUGGGAGGCUCUCUGGUACCGCUUUAGCAGUGAGGUGGGGGGAUAGCGUUCCCCUCCCAUGCCAGCUGUCGUGUAGAGAAGGCACAGCGCUGGUCAUGGUGGUAGUGGCGGCGAGAGCUGUAGUUAAACUGAUUAGCAGUUCUGUAGUAAGUGGACUCGAGACGGUGGCUGCACGUUGUGGGGGUGCUCUCGUGAGGUGUAGUUGGGGGGAGGGAACGAGCGUGGAGGAGGGGGGUUUGAGCUGGGACGAAGCGGAGGCCGUAGGGAGCCCCUCUCGAGAUUGCGCCCAUAGCUGCUUACGUGUGAGUUGGCCGAUUGUGACGUAAUACCAGUCGGUGGUUUUGCAUAAUUGUUAGCAAAAGUCUUUGACUUUCAUUAUAUCAGAAAAUGAGGAAGAGCCCUGAACAGAACGUGUCGUCGUAACUCUGAAGGCUUGGUCAUUUGCCGAGCAGCCCGUCGUCGCCUUCGCUGCCUCCCAUCCAGCAGCAUGCGGAGAGGGAUGUGGGUGCUGUGCGGGUCCGCCGGCUGGCGUUGACAACUAGCCGGCGGUACUGGCGGCUUCUUUGGCAGUGGUCGGUACCGGCAGUGGCGCUGUAGUUGAGUGCAGGAGGGAAAGCGGUACUGGCAGUGGUACUUACCAGCGGCAGUAAUAACAGAGGUGCGGCGCCGGCCCUAGCCAAGUACCGAGGGCCAGCUGGGCUGCUUUAAUAGGCCGGGCCAUUGGGAGUCAUCACAGGCCACGUGGUGUUCCGUGCGUCCAAGAAGUGCACGCGGCCCCUCUGUCUGCUGGCAGUGUCUGCGACGUGCACUAUUGUGCAUGAGUGGUUUUGUACAUGGAGGUUGUGACAGCGUUCUGGCGGUUACCAUCUACAGGCUCCUCGCUUCGCCGCGGCCCCACACCUGCAGCUGUUUCCGCAUUUACAUGUCCCCUGGUUCUAACGGGGUCACGGUUUCGGUGGGUUCCUCGUCCGCAUGGGUUGGAGGAUCUGGUUCUCAUGGGUUCCAUAUUUCGAGGGGGACCUGGUUUUCAAUUGGUCCCCGGUGUCCGAUGGUUCCUGGUUUUCUCUCGUGGGUUCUCGGUCUCUCUUCAUUCACCGUCAUCCCGGCGUUAGGAGGGUUGCCCGGGCAAUGAGACUGGCGUAGCCGCUUAGAUCCCACGUGAAGACGUGGCCGUCCACUGCCGACCUUUCGAAAACCGUGACCUCGUGGUGAUGGUGGUGUAAAUAGAGUACAAUGGUAAAUGCCGAGACAUCACUGUAUAUAUAUCUAUAUAUGGCAGCCAUCCAUAUUUGCCUUGUUAAUUACCAAAAUUGCCAAUUUUGAAUGUGUUGUAUUGUUAAUCUGUAUCUGUUAUGGUAAUAUUGUAUUGUUUCAGAAAAAAAACUGAUAUGAAUAGCUUUUAUGUUGGCGACUUUUUAGACUUGGGGUGUCCGCGGCGUCGGAGCCGAUGUGGAGGGCGGCUCCGCUCGCCAGCCGCAGUCCCCCGCGCCGUGCCGCAGCUGUCGUUGCGGAAUGCAUUCCUUACUCCGAAACGUGCGUUACAGUUGGGCAGACACCAGUGGUUUCACUUUUGCUUAUUUUAAAAUCGACGUGUUCUUACACUACAGGCUUAGCUUUGGAGGAGGAACAGCCCUGGUCCCCAGUUGAGUGUGGUAGUGGUGAGGGUGGCAGCUGGCCAGAAUGGCAUUGUGAAAGAAAACCCACUUAGGGUGGUUGCGGUGACUACAGAGGCUGCUGGUGCGUUGCGGUGCCCGGCUGGGUACUCGGGAAGUCUAAUUGGAGCCACCCAAUCGCUCGGUUGACCGGCUCUGAGCGACUCGCGUCGCACAGCUCGCGACGCGUCUCCUCAAGGCGAGUUCACUCGGCAGAAACCAGCGUGGACGGUCUCUUGCUGUCAGAAUGCGCAAGGCCGUGCGCGGUGGGGAGACGACACAGACAUGUAAUCGGAAACUCUGCACCUGAAGGCACUCGGCUCCAGGACCAGAGGCCGAUUGUCAAACCAUCCCUAGGGGCCGCUACGUGGUGGGGGGGGGGGGGUUCCCGCCUUCGGGAGGCAGGAUGUAGGUGUUGCCGAGUAAUCGCCCCCCUGAAAAUCAAAAGUUAAUUUAAGAAUAAGUUUUUCGCAGCCAAUAUUUAGAUUCGCAAUAGAUUUUGGCGCGAGAUGUAAUUCUGACAAGGUUUGUGUCGUUGAGACCCUUCACCUGAUAGCCAAACAAAUUUUAUUCUCAGAAAUGUUUUGUUGCGCAAAUUACCCAGCUUACUCUUGUAAAUAAGACUCAUCCUGGUCUCUUGAGUUCUCAUCCGGUUACACAAACAAACUUGCCUUGACUUGAGGGGCCUCCCCGAGACUGCAGGAGACUAAGGGGCGCUUAGACCGGGGGGUCCAGGGAACGCCAGGGACUGGAGGCUUCUAACUACAGCCCAGUUGCCACAACGCCUCGAAUGGCGUGUGCAUCCCCGGCCCGUGGGUCUGUUGUGAUUGGUGGACGAGGGAGAAGGGGUGAGUUGCUGAUAGGUGGGCCAAGGCGGUUGAUACCGUCCCUGCUGCUGCUGCUCGGUGAGAGACACUACAUAAUUAUUCGCCAAACCUACGUUUGAGUUUGGUGAAUUGAGCUCUGCGCAUAUCUUCACAUUAGUAGUGUACGCAUACUUGAACUCAGAUGAAGUGCCAAGCUUCCACGUGAGACCAAGCCGUGUUCCCGGUGGGCCGUGUGCCUCUCGCCCGGCCGUCGUGUUGUCCGCGUGUCCCGUGCACGCGUCUCCGGCCCGCCACUUGGAUACCGUGCAUGCCACCUCGAGCGCCCCUCACGUGGGGGGGCCUUACCCGAACAUCUCGUGUGCAGCGGCGGCGCGGGCAAGGUGGUAGCGGGCUGGGGAGGGGGAUGCGCCAGACGAACGCCAGUGCUCGCUGCAUAACUCCCGUUUCUCUUUUAAUUUUUUGUUUUUAUUGAGUUGAUGUUUCGUGACACGUGUAAUUUUUCUACGUCCUGUGACUCGCCGAUUGUCGAUCUCUUGCAUGCCGAAGCUCUGCUCGUGGUUUUGUAAGCUGUGUUUGGGGCCACGAAGGCCGCCUUCCCCUUUAUAUAACUACACUCUCAUAGCCCGUAUUACUUACUACACUGUACAGCCACAGACAUGGAAUAAAUGAUUUGUCAGAA